UGGCAGCGGAGAGACAUGGCUGCGUCCACGGAGCGGAGCCGCGGCGGCGGCGGCGGUGGCGGCCGCUGGUUCCUCGCGGGUCCGCGGGCAGCGGGGCCUUGGUGGCGGCUCGCGGUGCUUCUCCUGUCGGUGUCCUCGCUGCCGGCGGUCACUGCGCUGGUGGAGGGCCUGUACUGCGGCACGGAGGUCUGCUACGAUGUGCUCGGUGUCGACCGAGAGGCCUCCAAGCCGGAGAUCGCCAGGGCUUACCGGCAGCUGGCUCGCCGGUACCACCCGGACCGGUUCAGGCUGGGAGAGCCCGGGAUGGAGGAGGAGACCAAGGAGUCCGCUCACGACAGGUUCCUGCUCAUCGCCACCGCGUACGAGACGUUAAAGGACGAAGACACUCGGCGGGACUACGACUACAUGCUGGACCAUCCUGAGGAGUAUUACCAGCACUACUACACCUACUACCGCAGACGGCUCACGCCUAAAGUGGACGUCCGUGUCGUCAUCCUCGUCACUAUCUGUGCCAUCUCCAUAUUCCAGUACUACAGCUGGCACAGCAGCUACAACGAGGCCAUCAACUACCUGGUGACGGUGCCCAAGUACCGGAUCCAGGCCACGGAGAUCGCCAAGCAGCAGGGCCUCCUCAACCGCACCAAGGAGAAGGGCAAGAACCGGCGCUCCAAGGAGGAGAUCCGAGAGCAGGAGGAGGAGGUGAUCCGCGACAUCAUCAAGACCAAGAUCGACAUCAAGGGAGGCUACCAGAAGCCCAACCUGUCCGACAUCCUGCUCUGUCAGAUCGUGCUCUUCCCCUACUACCUGACCACCUACGUAGCCUGGUACGCCUCCUGGAUUUACCGCUUCACCAUCUGCAGGGAGGAGUACGGAGAGGAGGAGAAACUCUACAUCAUCAGGAGAAACAUGAAGAUGUCUCAGUCUCAGUUCGACAGCCUGGAAGCGAGCAUGCGACAGACCUUCCUGGAGAAACGGCUGUGGAUCAAAGAAAACUACGAGACGUACAGGAAGGAGCAGGAGGAAGAGAUGAAGGUCAAGAUGGCCACCGACCCGAGGAUGAAGAGGUACCGGCGCUGGAUGAAGAACGAGGGCCCGGGCCGCCUCACAUUCUUCGACGACUAACCGACCGACGCCGUGACAACAAACACGCCCGCCUCAGUGCCCAUGAGCACGGACAACAACACGCGCGCACACACACACACGAGGAAUAAACCAGAAACUGGGAAAAUAAGACUUUUUUAUUAUUAUUAUUAUUAUUAUUAUUAUAAUUCAUUUUCUCGGCUGUGAAAACUGAACACAGACGUUUUGGUGCCUGAGUUUUUGGGUGAAAUUGACUUUUUCCUCCUCACGCUGCUUCACAGCGACACGUGUCAAAUAUGAUGUAUGAUGUUCAAUAAACCAGGGCCAGAGUGUAUUUUUCUAAGAACAAUGA